AUUUCAAAUAAAGAUUUAUGUAAAGAGUUUUAAAAAGUUUAUAAAAGUUAGUAAUUAAAGUAGAUAUGAGACAUUUGGGACCACUAAUUGGUGCCAUAGAUCAGGGCACCAGUUCUACCAGAUUUUUGGUGUUUGUGGCCGAAACGGGCGAACUCGUCACUUAUCAUCAAAUUGAAAUUAAACGGGUGUUUCCAUGUGAGGGUUGGGUAGAACAGGACCCACUAGAGCUGUUUGACUCAGUUUGUGAAACCAUCGAAGUAGUCAUACAAAAGUUGGAUUCUUUAGACAUCAACUAUAAAGAUAUUAAAUGUAUUGGACUCACCAAUCAAAGAGAAUCAGCUCUUGUUUGGGACAAAGUGACGGGUCUACCCCUUUACAAUUGUAUUGUAUGGUUAGAUAAUAGGACCUCUGAGAUUGUCGAUACAAUAUUAGAUAAUAUUCCGGGUCGUGAUCUCAAUUGGCUUAAGAAAAAGACUGGUUUACCUCUUUCAACAUAUUUUACGGCAUUUAAACUUAAAUGGCUUUUACAUAAUGAUCGGACAAUAUUUGAGUCAAUAAAAAAUAAUAGAUUACUUGUGGGAACAGUUGAUUCUUGGCUAUUAUGGAAGCUAACCGGUCAACACAUGACAGAUGUAACAAAUGCCAGCCGAACACUACUCAUGGAUAUUGAGACUCUUGAAUGGGACCCUUCUUUGUGUCACUUCUUUGAUAUCCCAAUGAAAAUAUUGCCUGAAAUUAAAUCUUCAUCCGAUGAUUUCGGAGCCAUUAAAUUGGGACCAUUAGAAGGAAUACCAAUAACAGGUGUAAUUGGCGAUCAAAAUGCAGCACUUGUAGGACAAAAGUGUUUUGGUAUUGGACAGGCAAAGGUGACUUAUGGCACCGGGUGUUUUUUAAUUCAAAAUUUAGGUCCUGGACCAAUUCACGGAGCACUCAAUGGUGUAUCGAGUGAGGCCAAAAAAAAUCUCAUUACAACUGUUGCUUAUAAGUUAGGAUCAAAUCCUGCCUGUUAUGCAUUGGAAGGUAGUGUCGCUAUAGCCGGUGCUGCCAUAACUUGGCUCAGAGAUAAUCUGGAGAUUAUUCAGAACUAUAGCGAAAUUGAAGGAAUUGCAAACCAAGACGUCAGUGCCGGCGGACUCUUCUUUGUUCCGGCACUUCAAGGUCUAUACGCCCCCUACUGGGACGCCAAUGCCACCGGAACCAUAAUAGGUGUCUCACAAUUUAGUCGUAAGUGUCAUUUAGUUAGGGCUACUCUUGAAGGAGUUGCCUUUCAGGCCAACGAUAUACUAGCAAUGAUGCGUCAGGACAGGAAUGGCAUCAAAGUUGAUGGAGGCAUGAGUUGUAAUGACCUGUUGUGUCAAAUGUUGGCCGAUAUAUCUGGUUGUCAAAUAGUCAGACCAAAACUCACAGAAGCAACUGCUUUGGGCGCCGCUAUGGUCGCCGGAUAUCAUGUCGGGCUUUGGGAUAUUCGCGAACCCGAUGAGACAGAUCUUCAUUUGACAAUUGCUAACCAAGGAAUUAUGGGACACAUUACUAGGAGAUUGUCAUUCAAUAAGGAGAGCACAACAAACAAUAUUAGCAAAAAAUUUGACAUAUUUUGGCCCAAAUUGGAUGAACAGACACGACUCGACAGAAUUAAUAUCUGGAAAAUGGCUGUCAAUCGGAGCCGCAAAUGGAUUAGAGUUGAAAAACAGGAACAGAAACUAAUCAAUUAUAAGAGAUUGUCUGCCCUUCCCUUCAUGUUUUAUGUCUUAAUGUCAUUUGGCACUCAUAUACUAAGUGUCACCAAUGGUUUUCAAACAUUUAUUUAGCUCCAAGACUUCCAUAAGUAUAAGUAAAUUUGCAGUAUUGCCCAAAACUCUUGUAAAUGCUAUACAUUCUUGUAUUUGUAAUUAAUUU